AUGAAUGAAGUUAAUAGCUGUGCUCUGAAUAAAGAAAAUAGUGACAUAAUCAUAAAUGAAAUAUUGGAUCCAGUCAUCUCAGAUGUAAGAGAUAUUUCAGUAGAUGCAGCCAAUACAGUUAAUAGCUGUGCUCUGAAUAAAGAAAAUAAUGACAUAAUCAUAAAUGAAAUAUUGGAUCCAGUCAUCUCAGAUGUAAGAAAUAUUUCAGAAGAUGUAGCCGAUACAGGUAAAUUCGUGCAGUAUGAGUAUCCAUCUGAUAUAUGUCACUAUGAUGAAAACAUGAACUGCAAUAUUAAGAGAUUUAUAAUAUCUAGUGGACCAUGUAGGCCAGACAUUGAUUUUCCUUACAGAAAAUAUGAAGACGGAAAAUGUUUUCGAUUCUCAACUAAUUUUUAUACAAUGAAAUUAAAAUCUGGUAUAAAUGUUCCACGGUUUUGGUUGUGUUAUUCUGUUGGAUGGAAUGUUGCUUAUUGCGAAACAUGUUGGUUGUUCGCUAAUCGUCAAUAUUCCUACUACCAAGAUUCUUGGAUCAAAGGGAUUAAUGAUUGGCGACUUCUAGCAUCAAAAAUUGAAAAACACGAAUCAUCAAAUCAACAUAUCGAAGCCAGGAAAAUUCGCUCCAAUUGGGAAACAAAUAAAACCAUAGACAAAAGUAUAGAACAUCAAUAUGCUACUGAAAUAGUCUACUGGCAGAAUGUAUUAAAGAGAAUCAUAAAAAUUAUUUUAUCAUUAACUGCUGGAAAUACAGCUCUUAGAGGACAUGAACAUUAA